CCAGCUAUUAAUGUCACUGGUAAUGCCUUUUGGAAUACUGAAUCUGGUGAAAGAUUCUACAUUAGAGGUGUUGAUUAUCAACCUGGUGGAUCUUCAAAUUUAACUGAUCCUCUUGGUGAUGAAAAUAUUUGUAAAAGAGAUAUUGAAUAUUUCCAAGAAUUAGGUAUCAAUACCAUUAGAGUUUAUUCUGUUGAUAAUUCAUUAGAUCAUGAUCCUUGUAUGGAAGCUUUAGAUGAUGCUGGUAUUUAUUUAAUUUUGGAUGUUAAUACCCCAGAGGCUUCAAUUUCAAGAGGUGAUGCUAAAUGUUCAUAUAAUACAAAAUAUUUACAAAAUGUCUUCGCUACAAUGGAUGAAUUUGCUAAAUAUGAUAAUUUAUUAGGUUUCUUUGCUGGUAAUGAAGUUAUCAAUUCAAAAGAUACAACUUCUUCAGCAACUUAUGUCAAAGCUACUGUUAGAGAUAUGAAGAAAUAUUUAAAAGCUAGAAAUUAUAGAAAAAUUCCUGUGGGUUAUUCAGCUGCUGAUGUUGAUACCAAUCGUUUAUUAGCUGCUGAAUAUUUCAACUGUGGUGAUGAUGAAGAUGCAAGAAUUGAUAUGUUUGGUGUUAAUGAUUAUUCAUGGUGUGGACAAUCUUCAUAUCAAACUUCAGGUUAUAAAGAAAAAGUUACUUUAUAUGCUGGUUAUUCUGUUCCAAUUUUCCUUUCAGAAUUUGGUUGUAAUGAAGUUCCAGGUGCAAGACCAUUUACUGAAAUCAAAUCAAUUUAUUCCACUCAAAUGUCUGGUGUUUUCUCUGGUGGGUUAGUUUAUGAAUAUUCUCAAGAAGCUAAUAACUAUGGUUUGGUUGAUAUUAAUGGUGAUUCUGUUUCUCCAAGACAAGAUUUUGAUAAUUUGAAGAAACAAUAUAACAAUACCCCAAAUCCACAAGGUGAUGGUGGAUUUAACUCAAAGUCUUCAAAUUAUUCAGAAUGUCCAUCAUUUGAAGAAGGUACUUGGGAAGCUAAUAACACUUUACCAGAAAUGCCAUCAGCAGCUUCUGUUUUCUUUAGUAAAGGUGCAGGUGCCCCAUUAGGUACUGAUGCUGGUAAUACUCAAAAUUCAUGUUGGGAUGAUGAUAGUGAUUUCAACUUUAGUAGUGCAUCAACUACAAGAAGUGGUACUUCUGAUUCAAGUGAUUCAACUUCUGUUGGUGGUGACUCUUCAAGCUCUGCAUCUGGUAAUGGUGGUGCUUCAAGUUCUUCAAGUUCUUCA